AUGUGGCGGGACGAGAUCCCCGCGCAGCGCCCUCGGCCCCCGGGAGCUGGCGGGGCCGGCCUGGGGCGCGGUGAAGCCCCGAACCCGCCCCAGACCCCGCGGAGACAGCGCGGGGAGACGGGCGCCACUGUCACUGUCGAUGUGACGGUCACAGUGACAGUGCCACCAGUGACAGGCACCACUAGAGCAGAACGCUCAGGGGCUGCCCCAAAGUACCUCUGCACCUACUAUGACAUUGUUGACUACCUGAACAUCUCCUCUCAUGACAAGCUGUACACGUACAUCCUGCCCAAGAUAAACCCGAAGGAGCCUGUGGAAGUGAAGGUGGAUUUCUUUCUGGUGUCAAUUCUCUCUGUGGUGGAAAAGCUGCAGACAGUCAGUUUUUACUUCGUCCUGAACCUGGAAUGGCAGAACCCUUUUGCAACCUGGGACCCCUGGGAUUUCUGUAACAUCUCUGAAAUUGUUCUGCCCUUGGACACGUAUUGGUCGCCCCCCAUCUUCAUCUUGGAGCGAGUGAACGGGCAGGACCCAGAGCUGAAUUAUGUGGAGCUCAUGCACAACGGCACCUUCAACUCCACCCGGGCCUACCAGGCCACCCUCACGUGCAGUUUGGUGAUCUUCAAGUUCCCCUUCGACACCCAGAUGUGCAACCUGAGCAUAGCUUCAUUCCUCUACCCAGCAGUAACAGACUUUGUCAUGAAGACGAGACGGACACCAGCUGAGAUCAUAAGAGACAGCAAGAGCUUAAUCCUGACUGAUGGAGAAUGGAAGUUUACCAACGUGAGCAUCAUGGAAUUCACGGAAAUGAUGGAUGACAAAGGAUUUUCUGUGGUCACCUAUGUGAUUUCCAUGGAUAGACGACCCACUCUCUACAUUCUGAACUUGAUCCUCCCAACGUGUGCCCUGUACUUGCUGGACAUGGCUGUGCUGUUUGGUCCCAGCUCUCUCGAGGAGAAAAUCAACUUCCAGAUUGCCAUCAUCCUCGGCAGCUCCAUGCUGGCUGUGAUUCUCAACAACAGCCUCCCAACUUCCUCCAACAAACCACCCAUCAUAGUGGUGUUUUUCCUGGGCACCUUCCUGCUCAUGAUCAUGGCUGUGUUGGACACCUUCUUCCUGUUGUACCAGCAGCGCAAAUCCGGGCGCUUGGACAAGGUCCUCAGGAGCUCCCAGCAAGACCCACACCAGCUGCCCAAGGCACCCCCAGACAAUCUGGCCAAGGGGGGCCCCCGGCUGCUGCACCCUCCCAGGAAGGCCCAAGGGCAGCCCACCAAGCGCCUCUGGCAGCUGCAGGAGCUGGAUCAGUUUCUUCCAGUUCUGGAGAAGGUGCUUCUCUUCAGCCACCUCUUCCUGUCCCUGUUCUUUUUUGCUGUGAUUUUUGUAAAAUGGAGCAGCUGA